AUGGCUUCUACAAGUAAAAUAAAUUCUGCAGUGAGAAUUCAAAAUAUGUUUUGCCCUGAAGGUGGAGUCUGCAAGCACGGGUUCCUCAUCAAAUCACCGCCUCUUCAACUUUUCAGCUCACAGAAUUCCUGGAAAAGGCGUCUUUUUGUCCUCUCCAAAUCCAGCAAAGGGAAUUACAUCCUGAAGUAUCUAAAAGGCCAGCACAUAAAAGGCUCCAUAGCUGUUGAUCAAAUCAUAAGUAUUGAAGUUGGCAUAAGUGAUGCUGAAAUUAUGGAAACGGUGAGGAAGAUGUUUAAAUGCCUUCCUGAGCAGGUGAUGUCCAUCAGCACUGGAAACAGAUGUUACUACCUCAUUGGGAGCAGCAGGCAGGAAAUAGAGGACUGGGUCGCUCUGAUAUCUUCAAUCUGCAGGGGGGACAAAAGAAGUGGAUGCUGCCCUCAGAACCAAGAUCUUCCAAAUCCAGAACUCAGAGGCCGGCCUUCCUCUUUGCCACUGAUCUUGAAUUCUAUAGAUACGACCGGCUUUCCAGAUGGGCAAAGCUACCAGAAGCAGACUGGUUCCUCAGAAGACAAGAACAGGCCUUAUUCAGAUCCUGGCCCCCAUCAGGCUCAGUGUGACCCACCAAGAGGAGCUUUUCCAAGCCUGCAGGAUAAAAUCCUGGGAAGAAGUGAGGAAAAUCUGCUGUUGUCAGAUCCAGAGGAAAACAUCAAAAAGGACGAGGAAGAUUAUUACCAAACUCCUAGCAAUGUUUUAGCAAAGUGCACUACUGAAGCAUCAAAGCCUGACCCUACAGCUGAGUCUGAUGUCCCUGUGCAAGAGGAGCCAGUGCAGAACAAGCCAGAAAGGGAGAACAUUUACAUGUCAAUGAAAUCACUUAAGCUGCUGGAUGAGAGAUGCCAGCUCACGGGCAGAUGUGAUGGGCUGCCAUCCCCUCCCAAAUGCCAGAACAACAGUGCAUGCCCAAGAGACCUGGAAGCAGACAAAGACACAAAAUUCCCAGAAAGCAGCCCCAGCCUGCAGCCAACCCUCCAGAGAAGGCAAAACUCGUUGCCCCUCUCAGUGGUUCACUUGUCUAUACUGCUCGGUCAAGUUACAGAUGAGAUGCAGCUGCAGAAACUGGAUAUUUUUGUACCCCUGGCUGAUAUUAACAAUUACCUAAAACUUACUGAAGCUGCAGGACGGAUAUGCGUUUCACAGUGGACUGGUCCUCACAGACUGGGGUGUUUGUUUAACCACGGAGACCACGUGGUGGCUGUGAAUGAUCUGCAGCCCCAGGGUGUGGAGGAGGCUUACUUCUUCAUCAGCAGGUCCACGAGAAAGGAGGUAAGUUGA